AUGUCUACAGGUCACGACCACACCUUUACCUGGGCGAGCACGCAUCCCAGCUCAGUGAUUGUGACAGGCACUUUUGAUAAUUGGGCUUCGACCGUACAUCUCACCAAAGAGGAAUCUGGCUUCCGGGGGUCUGUCAAGCUACCGUACGGGGAGAAAGUCCUCUUCAAAUAUAUCGUCGACGGCCACUGGCAGACUCAGCCAGACGAGCCCCAGGAGAACGACGGCUCUGGCAACGUCAACAACGUUCUUAAUAUACCCGCGGAGCCUGCAACACAGAGCACAGCAGAGCCCGUAGCAGCACUGGUCAACGAAGACAAAGUAGAUGAUUCACAAGUCUCCGAGCUCAAGAAGAGCGAUGGGAGCGCUGAACCAGCAUCUGAUACCCUCACAAACGAUGAAGCCACGAAAUCCAAAGACACCCCGACAUCCUUGCUCGGCGCCAUCGGCGGCCUAGCAGUAGCUGCACCCGCCGCAGCCAUCUAUGCGAUGACGGGGCACGACAUCUCUGCAGCGGGCGCAAAGUCAGCCGAGCAGCCACAGGAAGCCAGCGGCCUGACAGUCCCCCAAGAUCUACAAGAAGAAGCACCUGUCGAUCCUGCACCUACGCCCUCUGUCACGUCGCCCGAGCAGAAAUCUGAGCCUACCGUGCCGAGCAAUGACGAUAUCAAGAGCGCAGUGCACGACACAUCUGCAGCUCGGCCUGAGAAAUCUGAUAUCAUUCCUGUCGUGCCGGAGAAGGAAGCGCCGGCAACCUCAGGGACGACAGAACAUCAAGUGGCGGGUGACAAGGGCUUCAACGGCCAGCCAGCCUUUGAUCUCACAGGAAAGCAAGCGGAAGUCAUGGCGGCUGCAGGCGUAGGCGCCGUUGCAGCAGGUAGUGCCACGGCCGUAGCAGUCUCCAAGUCGAGCUCGUCCGACAAAUUGUCGUCUAUCACGGGCGCAGGUGCGAAUGGUAGCGCGAAAUCUCAGAAGAAGUCCCUACCGCCUGCCAUUUCUAUGGCGCACGAGAACUCACCAAAGCUCUACGAAGAGGGCAAGCCUGUCGCACCCGUGAAAGUAGACCAGCCAGCCGAACCACCUAAAGCUGCAGCGACAACCGCAAAGCCAGCAGCAGCAGCAGCAGCAGCAGCUCCCGCAGCUGCCGCCGUACCAACAGCCGCAGCAGCCACUGCGACAAAAGCGACGGCAAAUGGCAGUCCGAGCAAGUCGACAUCACCGCCAACUGUUUCAACUGCGUCUCAGAACAAGCCAGAGGUCUACAAGGAUGGCAAGGCAGCUGCCAAGCCAGAUGCUGUCAAGCCAAGCGAACCCGCAUCAAAGUCUCCAGCAAAGGCCCCCGCUACGCCUCGCAAAGCCCCGAAAUCUGCAGCUGCACCCGACUCGACUGCUUCUAAUAUGACUGGCAGUAAGGGUGAGCAGUUCACUACUGCCCCUUCAACUCCCGCCACACCGACGCACAAGAAGAAAGGACUUUUGUCCAAGAUCAAAUCUGCCAUGUCGCCCAAGAAGUAG